CUUUAGCGAUCCUCAUAUAUGUGUAUGUGGACAACAUCAAGGCAGUGGUACCGGACGAAUACGAGCAUUGGAAGACAGUGCAGUUCAAUCGAGAGGUAUAUCUCUGUACCGCCUCUCCAAGGGUAAUCGAGGAUGCUGAGAUGCUUUAUGGGUUUCAUGCUUGUGCACAUGCGGUAUGAACGACUCGUUUUUCAAAGGCGACUGGAACUUACUUACCUACUUCUAGCGAGCUGCGAGGUACUGUCUGAUAGGGAUUGCUGUUGGGUCAAUUUUUUCGACAGUCCUCUGUUUGCUGUGUCGGAUAAAGCGGCCUGGUCAGAACCAACGGAACAGGGCGGCCAUGAAGGAAAUAGUGUCUCCCCGUCGGUGACAAGAAUAAGAGCAGUACGACAUAUAUGGAUAGCUGAUGGCACUAGAUGAGUCAAUCCGACAGACUUCAUUGCCUGAAAACCAGGGCUCGGCUCUGCCCAAACGUUGCUGUACGUUUAAUGG